CCAAGUCACUAUUGAGACGAAUGAAAUUGAUAAAACAAGCCGAAAAUUGUUUUGAUCCGAGAAUUUUACAAAAAAAUCUCGAAAAAUCCUUGAAAUUAACUAAAAAUCAUCUUCAAAAUGAGCACAAGUACGAGAACUGGCGGCACAGCUCUCGAAGAAGUCGAUAUUCCGGGGCAAGCUUAUCUGCGGGAAGCAUUAACGAGUUGUAUUGAUCCUCUAAAAGCGAUUGAAACAUUCCAACUCGAAAACGGAAUUUUACUCCCGUCACUGCGCCCGAUGUUACCGCUUCUCGACUUGCACGGCGUGAAACGUUUAGAUUUCCAUAAUUCCGUGUUGGAAGAGCUUCGGGACAAGCUUGUGCAACAAAUUUCGCAACUCGGCGAGAAGGGCGGCAAAGAACGCGAUAAAAAACUCAAAGAUUUGCUCGUCAAAAGCUUCCCCGUGGUCCGUGUCAAAGCUUUACGUCCCGUUGUGAUGUCAAUUUUGAAGAAUAUUCCGCACAUCGAGGACAAAUACCUUCGAAUUUUGGUCCGGGAUCGUGAAUUAUACGCCGAUACCGAUACGGAGGUCAAACGGCAAAUUUGGCGCGACAACCAAAGUUUGUUCGGAGACGAAGUUUCGCCACUUUUGUCGCAAUACAUCCGCGAAAAGGAGAACGUUCUCUUCGAUCACACCAAUUUAAACAAUUUAUUUUUCACGCCGACCCCAAAAACGCGUCGCCAAGAGGAUGUCGUGCAAAAACUCGCUCACAUGAUCGGCAACAGUGUCAAAUUAUACGACAUGGUGCUUCAAUUUUUACGAACUUUGUUCCUCCGGACACGAAAUGUUCAUUAUUGCACGUUACGAGCGGAACUUUUGAUGGCGCUGCAUGACUUGGAUGUCCAGGAAAUCAUCACCGUGGAUCCGUGUCACAAAUUUACGUGGUGCUUGGAUGCCUGUAUCCGCGAAAAAUCCGUCGAUAUCAAGAGAUCUCGUGAGUUGCAAGGAUUUUUAGACAAUAUUAAGCGAGGACAGGAACAAGUUUUGGGCGAUUUAUCGAUGACGUUGUGCGAUCCGUUUUCGAUAAAUUUUUUAGCGACCUCAGCGAUUAAAAUUUUGCUCCAUCUGCAAAAUACGGAGGCCCUGCCGCGCGAAAAUACGGUCCUGAUACUGCUUUUGAGGAUGUUGGCGCUCGGUUUAAGCGCCUGGAUCAUGAUUGACAGUCAAGAUUUCAAGGAACCCCGUUUAGAUAAUCAAGUUGUGACGAAAUUCUUACCUGCGUUGAUGUCUUUGAUGGUUGACGACCAAGUUCGGUACUUGCAUUCACGAUUGCCGCCCGAUGAGCGUGAAAGUGCGAUCACAAUUAUUGAACAUUCGGGUCCUGCGCCCGAAACUAUCGAAACUUUCAUCCAAGAAGGCACCGUAGCUUCCAUUUUAGCCAUGUACUAUACGCUCCAUACGGCAAAACAAAAAGAUAAAGUCGGUUUAUUGCGAAUUUUGGCAGUUUUAUCGAGUUGCAAGGACGAUCGCGCUUACGAAGAUCCAUUUUUGCACUCCCUCGUGGCGUCGCUGAUCAACAUGGCGGACGAAUUCGCAAAUGAGGAUUUUUGUACGGUACUUUUCGAUGAAUUUUUGUUCGCUGGAUUGACCAGAGAUAAUGUCACGAGACACAUGUUGAAGCUUUUGUGGUAUAUUCAUGCGAAAUUGCCGCCCACGAGACUGCAAACGAUGAUGAAGGCACUUCAGCCGACGGUGAAUCAUCAUGAAAAUGUCCAUAAAUUGUACGAAGCGCUAAAUGUGAAGAUUGGAGGAGCGCCAUCGACAAAUCCAGCGGGACAUGAUGGGAUAUCGCAAUCGACGCCGAUGGAAAUGGAUGUCGAUUCGCCGCUGAAGGACGUCUUGAGGAUGCAAUAAACUGAAUUUUGUAUCACAGUAACAUCUUUAUUUCUUCAUUUUUGUGUUUUAGAUUGAUUUUUAUAUUUUUUUUUUAGGAUUUCUUCUUUUUUUUGUAAGACAUGCAUUAAACGGUUAGGAUAAAUAUAAUAAUAAUAAUUAAUAAAUAUGUAUAAUUAAAAAUAUC